AUGGGGGAGCCCAAGUUUCGUGCCAAACAGGUGCUGAAAUGGAUCUUCGAGGGGGGAGCGGAGUCCUUCGAGGACAUGGCCAACAUCCCGAAGACGCUGCGGGCCAAGCUCGCCAAGGUGGCCACCGUGGGUGCUCUAGAGGUGGCUGCCAGGCAGGUGAGCAAGGACGGCACGAAGAAGCUGGCGUACCGUCUGUCGGACGGGCAGAUAAUCGAGUCGGUGCUGAUGCCCUACUCGGACGGCCGGAGGACGGCCUGCAUCUCGUCGCAGGCCGGGUGCGCCAUGGGCUGCGUCUUCUGCGCGACGGGUCAGAUGGGGUUCAAGCGGCAGCUGAGCGCGGCCGAGAUUUUCGAGCAGGCGUACCGGUUCUCCCAGGAGCUGCAGAAGAGGGGGGACCGCCUUUCCAACGUGGUGUUCAUGGGGAUGGGGGAGCCCCUGGCGAACUACAAGAACGUGAUGGAAGCGGUGAGGCGGAUCAACACCGAGCUGGGCAUCGGCGCGAGGCACAUCACCAUCAGCACGGUGGGGCUGGUGCCCCGCAUCCUCCGCCUCUCCCAGGAGAACAUCCAGGUCAAGCUAGCCGUGAGCCUGCACGCCGCGAACGACCGCGAGCGCGGCGCCCUUCUCCCCGUUAACCGGCGCUUCCCCCUGUCCGAGCUGAUGGACGCGUGCCGGGAGUACGUGGACGUAUCCGGGAGGCGGAUGACGUUCGAGUGGGCCCUCAUCCAGGGGGAGAACGACAGCGCCGAGGUUGCCUCGGAGCUGGGGCGGCUGCUCCGGCCGCUCAAGGGCAUGUGCCACGUGAACAUCAUCCCCCUCAACCCGACGGACGGGUACAAGGGGGGGCCGUCGAUGGCCGAUGCCGUGAACCAGUUCGUGGAAGUGCUGGCCAAGAACGGGGUCCCGGCAACCCCAAGGAUACGAAGAGGGAUCGAUAUCGACGCCGGCUGCGGGCAGCUGACGGCCAAGGUUUCGCAAGACGAAGUCCUCGGCAAGGGGUUGCUGUGAUGUUCUCU